AUGCCAGCGCUGCUGCUCCUGCUGCUCCUGCAGCUGCUGCACGAGGCUGGGCAGGGCCCCCGUGUGCCCCCCGCCCGCCGGGCCUGGGCUCAGCCAUGGGGGGCUCUGUCCCCUGUGCCUGGCCAGCUCUGGUCCCAGGUCACAGUCCCACAGCGGCUGGGGGCCAGCACCAGAGGAGGGGCGAGGCUGAAGCAGGCAUGCGGGCCUCGCGUGGAUCGUGCUAUUUCCAACUCCCUGUUCCCAAUUCUCCCCCUCUCUGAUUUCUGUGUGCACAAGGAUGCAGUGUCCUACAUGCUGAGGAUUGAGGGGAGGCCAUACACCAUCCACCUGCAGCAGCAUGCCUUUUUAUCUGAUGGUUUCCAGACUUACGUGUCCAGCAAGCAGGGGUCUUUGCAGGCUGACUCUGCCCGCGUUGAGGGAGGCUGUCACUACUGGGGGUACAUCGAUGGCUUCCCCGGCUCGGCUGUGACCCUCAGCACCUGCUCGGGGCUCAGGGGUUUGCUGCAGUUUGAGAAUGUGAGCUACGAGAUCCAGCCCCUGGGCUGCUCCCCUGCCUUCCAGCACGUGUUGUAUCGAGUGAGUGAGGAGCAGAUGGCAGAGACCCUCCCAGCCCACAGCCCCCCCAGAGGAGGGGAGAUGUUGGACAAGGCCCACGGGGAGGAUGAGCCCCUCUCGGCCGCUGCACAAUCUCCCAAAUACCUCACAGUCUACGUGGUCUUGGACAAGGCUUUGUACAACUAUAUGGGAUCAGACCCAAAUGCUGCGACACAGAAAGUAAUCCAGGCCUUCAAUUUAAUCAACAAUAUGUUUAAUCCCCUUAAUGUCACCUUUGUGCUGUCCUCCCUGGAGCUGUGGGCAGAGGGGGAUAAAAUAUCGACAGCAGGGGAUACAGAUGAUCUUCUACAGAGAUUUUUACAGUGGAAACAGCUGGCCCUGGAGCCACAGGCACACAACAUUGCUUCUCUCUUAGGGUACAGGGACCAAGGAGCAUUCAUGGCUGCAGCGGCUCCAGGAGGGGCAUGUGAGAGAGAUGCUGCUGCCACAGUGGCCCUGUACCACGGGAACGUGACGCUGGAGUCCUUCUCCAUCCUGCUGGCGCAGGGGCUGGGCCGCAGCCUGGGCAUGGACCCGGACACCUCCCGAGGCUGCAGCUGCCCCGGGCGCGUCUGCACCAUGAGCCCUGAGGCGCUACAUUUCAGUGGGGCAAAAGCCUUCAGCAACUGCAGCACCAGGGACUUUGAGAGCUUCCUGAAGCGGGGCAGAGGCGCCUGCCUUUUCGGCAGCCCCCGCCUGUCCCGCCGGAGCGGAGCCCUGUGCGGCAACGGCGUGGUGGAUCCGGGCGAGCAGUGCGACUGCGGCACGGCACAGGAAUGCCUGAAGAACAGGUGCUGCACUCAAACGUGUAGACUGAAGCCAAGAGCAAAAUGUGCCUCCGGAUUAUGUUGUAGGGGUUGUCAGUUCAAGCGGAGGAACUCGGUGUGCCGCCCGGCCGCCGAUGCCCAGUGCGACCUGCCCGAGUUCUGCAGCGGCUCCUCUGCCUCCUGCCCCCCCGACGUGUUCAUUCAGGAUGGGCACGACUGUGGCCAUGGCUCUGGCUACUGCUACCAGGGACGCUGCCGCUCCUCAGACCUGCAGUGCAAGCGGCUCUACGGGAAAGAUUCAAGGAAUGCUCCCAUCAUCUGUUACGAGGAGAUUAACGGGCAGCAAGACAGGUUUGGGCACUGCGGGUUCAAGAGCAAACACAAGUACCGGCCCUGUACUUGGAGGGAUCUCAGGUGUGGGAAGUUAAUCUGCACGUACCCGUCCCACAAGCCCUUCUCAUCAACUGCUGCUGCCGUCAUUUACGCCCGAGUGCGGCACCAUUUGUGUGUGUCUCUGAACUACCUGAACGUACCAGCGUGGCUGGAUCCUCUUCUGGUUCCUCCAGGAACAAAGUGUGGCUCUGGAAGGGUGUGUAUAAACAGCACAUGUCACCCACUCUCGGAGCUGAGAAACAACUGUGACAGCAAAGCAAACUGCCACGGCCACGGCGUGUGCAACAACAAGGGCAAUUGCCACUGCUACCCGGGCUGGCAGCCCCCCGACUGCCAGAGGAGGGGCUCACGCCGGGGGGGCAGCAAGGACAGCGGCCUGCAGCUGACGGACAGAGGCCUGCAGCGAGCACUGGAGGAUGGGGAGAUGGCCUGGCUGGUGCUGGGCUCCAGCCUCGUCCUGCUCGUGCUCACCGCGGGCCUGGGGCUCGGCCUGUGGCGGCAGCGGGCGCCGGGCCCGUGCCGCGGGGAGCAGCCGCCGGCCGUGGAGCGCACCAUCCGGGACAUGAACAGGGAGCUGGAGCCGGAGCUGGAGAUAAACCUGGAGCCAGGCCCAGAGCUGGCCCUGGAGCUGCAGACAGACCUAGAGCGAGAGCCAGACCUAGAGAUGAAGACAGGCACGGACCCAGCAGCAGAGCCAGCGCUGGGGCAGCACCACGGGCGCUAA